UUGUAGAUGUGGACGUGAAAAACAUUAAGCGCCUGACGACAAAUGGCUAAAGUAGAACUCACACCGUUGAGACCAUGGGACGAUUUCUUCCCCGGUUCGGAAAGAUUUGCCAAACCAGAUUUUAAAGAUUUGGCAAGAUGGAACAACAGAGUUGUGAGCAACCUGCUUUACUAUCAAACAAACUAUUUGGCAAUAGCCAUCGUUGUUUUCCUUAUUGUUGGGUUCCUGAAUCCGUUUGGGAUGUUCAUGGGGAUGGCUGUGGUGUCGGGGGUCUUCCUGGGUUCGGUAUGGGUCGGUGAGAACAAAGCUAUGAUCAAGAACUUUAAGAAGCAAAACCCCACGGCCUUUGUCAUCGCUGUCAUGGUAGCCAGCUACAUGCUGAUGUCUCUCCUCGGCGGGGUCAUGGUCUUCAUGUCGGGAAUCAGUUUUCCUCUUGCUUUGAUAUUUGCACAUGCUUCAUGUCGUCUCCGCAAUAUGAAGAAUAAACUGGAGAACAAGAUUGAAGGGGCGGGACUGAAGAGGUCACCUAUGGGUAUUUUGCUGGAAGCGCUCGGCCAGCAGGAAGAGAACCUGCAAAAAAUACAAAACUUUCUUGAGGGAAAGCUAAAAGAGCGUUGAGGACUACCAUUGGAAAAUAUACUUGUACACUCUGUCCCUACUUUCCCAAGACGUUGUUUUAGGUAGAACAAACUUUGCUCGAAUGAUGAGAAGAAAUAAUUCUAUUCCAUAGCAGUGUAGUUGUCAAUGUCAUCCUUCCAAGUCUGUUAUACAAGCAUUAUGGUAAUGUGUGUUUUGCAGAAAAGUGGCUGACAAGAGUUGAUAAUCCACAGGGCUUUAGCUUUACCUCAGGAUAUUUGUCACUCCACCCAGAACUUGUCAGGGCACUUCUCCAAGUGGUGAUGAGGGCGCCUCUGUUCUCACAUCACUGCUAAGCAACAUGUCUGCAAAAUAGCUGGAAAAACUUCUGCAUAUGAAAUGUUUUACAACAUGUGUUAUUUGUACAGUUUGACUCUGUCUUGAUCUACAAAUGGGACAAGCAACAGCAAUUGAGGACGGUCAUUUAAUUUGAAAAAAAAAUAUGCACAAACUAAUGCCAGCGCCGCAUGAAUGAAUGAAGUGAUCCUCCCAUGUCCCCUGCGCUUGGCUUUAAAUAUUUUGUUACAUACUCUUGAAUGUACCUUAGUGUGAAAAUGUUUUUCGGGAGCGAAGUUACUUGGUGCAAGUUAUCUAAAGGAAAUGAUUGCUUGUGUUAAAUCUGACUAUCUGGGUUCGGAUAAACAUGAGGGGUUGAAUCUACAUUUUAUCGGAAUCAGAAACAUCCUCACUCUUGCCAAUAUAUGCUGCGUUAAAGAUGUGAAACCAAUGUGAAGGGGUUUUGUUUUCAACAAAGAUUUAAAAACCGCACACUCAACACUUGGGGACUGCCAAAGUACUCCAAAGGCUAGGCUGUUUCAACUGUGCCCUUCUGGAUACUAUGUUUCUCAUGAAAUGCAACAGUUUACAUAGCAUGUAAUUGAUUGAAUACACAAAAUAAAACUGAUUUCUAAUUUUC